CGUCCGGCUGGUAAGGUUUUGAUGUGCAUCUUCGUUUGCGGAAAAAUGAUAAAACAACACAGAAACACGUCCGCUAAACAGUAAAUCGGCAAGCACGUGCAGUGCCAGCGCUUAUCCGUGACAGGAGGGCGGCUGUACAGUAGCGUUACUGACCCACGCGCCGCAUUAACUUGUGCUGCGGAUGCAUUUGAAAAUGCAGUUCGCGUCUGAACCUGAAGGUGUCUCGGUGCUGCUCAGUGUGCGGGCAAACUGCGUUCCUCCAGCCUCUGCCACAGUCCUGCCAGUUAACACGGGAUGUCGAGUCCAUGGAUACGGAAAGGAAGUAAACUGGAGUCGUUGCUUUGAUACUUUUUUCUCCUUCCAUUAACCUGCCGCCCUGUACAGCUUGUCGGUGUAUCCCCAUCUGUCUUUUGAGGCGUUGUCUAAUCCUGUGGAGCAGGUGCACGAGGAUGGGAAAGGCAUAGUUUCCCCAACAGGAUUGAGAGACGAAAAAUAAGCACCUGGUAAAAGAGGAAAAGGUCGGAAGCCGCUAACUAGCUUGCUAGCUAAGCACAUAAAACGACGCGCCCGAACAGCUUGGGCAGGUCAACUCGGGAACUCUUACCUGAAUCUGAAAAAUGAGGUCUGGACAACCGUAUUAUUAGAGGGGAAAAUACUACACUGGAAUACCUAUAUUAUUAUUUGCCUUUUUUUUUCGAAAAGGAAAGGUUUUGAGUUGAUGUUCGAGUAUUUUUGGUAAGACGGAGCGGGCUCGUCCGGUGGGACAAGAUGUCAGUGAACGAGCUCUUCACUCAGUACACCAGGGUGUGGAUCCCAGACCCAGACGAUGUGUGGAAAGCGGCAGAGAUCAUCAAAGACUACAAGGAGGGGGACCCCAUCCUGCACCUCAAACUCGAGGAUGAAACGCCUCUGGAGUACCCCAUCGGGCCCAAACACAACCAGCUCCCCUUUCUACGGAACCCCGAUAUCCUGGUGGGAGAGAAUGACCUCACCGCACUCAGCUACCUCCACGAGCCGGCCGUGCUGCACAACCUGCGUGUGCGCUUCCUGGAGUCCAAUCACAUCUACACCUACUGCGGGAUUGUUCUGGUGGCCAUUAACCCCUACGAGCAGGUGCCCAUAUAUGGAGAGGAAGUCAUCAACGCCUACAGCGGCCAGAACAUGGGGGACAUGGACCCCCACAUCUUCGCUGUGGCUGAGGAGGCCUACAAGCAGAUGGCCAGGGAUGAGAGGAACCAGUCGAUCAUCGUGAGCGGCGAGUCGGGGGCGGGGAAGACGGUCUCGGCGAAAUACGCCAUGCGCUUCUUUGCCACGGUCGGUGGGUCGGCCAACGACACCAGCGUGGAGGAGAAAGUGCUGGCCUCCAGCCCCAUCAUGGAGGCCAUCGGGAACGCCAAAACCACGCGGAACGACAACAGCAGCCGCUUCGGGAAGUACAUCCAGAUCGGCUUCGACCGGCGGUACCACAUCAUCGGAGCCAACAUGAGGACCUACCUGCUGGAGAAGUCCCGGGUCGUCUUUCAGGCUGAGGACGAGAGGAACUACCACAUCUUCUACCAGCUGUGCGCCUCCGCGGUGCUCCCUGAUUUCAAAGACCUGGCCCUGACCAGCGCGGAGGACUACGCCUACACCUCCAUGGGCGAGAACAUCUUCAUCCCUGGCGUGAACGAUGCUGAAGACUUUGAGAAGACCAUGCAGGCCUUCACUAUGCUGGGUGUGAAGGAGAGCCACCAGCUCAGCAUCUAUAAGAUCGUGGCCUCCAUCCUGCACCUGGGGAAUGUGGAGAUCCUGUCGGAGAGGGACGGGGAGUCGUGCCACGUCUCGCACGACGACCCCCACCUGCACCACUUCUGCAGGCUGCUGGGGGUGGAGCUGGAGCAGAUGGAGCACUGGCUGUGCCACAGGAAGCUGGUGACGUCGACGGAGACGUACGUGAAGAACGCGUCGCGGACGCAGGCGGCUAACGCGCGCGACGCGCUAGCGAAGCACAUCUACGCCCAGCUCUUCCAGUGGAUCGUGGAGCACAUCAACAAGGCCCUGCACACCACCUCCAAACAGCACUCCUUCAUCGGCGUGCUCGACAUCUACGGGUUUGAAACGUUUGAAAUUAACAGCUUUGAGCAGUUCUGCAUAAACUACGCCAACGAGAAGCUCCAGCAGCAGUUCAACUCGCACGUGUUCAAGCUGGAACAGGACGAGUAUGUGAAGGAGCAGAUUCCCUGGACCCUCAUCGAUUUCUAUGAUAACCAGCCCUGCAUCGACCUCAUCGAAGCCAAGCUGGGAAUCCUGGACCUCCUGGACGAGGAGUGCAAGGUGCCGAAGGGGACGGACCAGAACUGGGCCCAGAAGCUGUACGGCAAGCAUUCGGGCAGCGAGCACUUCCAGAAACCCCGCAUGUCCAACACCUCCUUCAUCGUUAUCCACUUCGCCGACAAGGUGGAGUACCAGUGUGACGGCUUCCUGGAGAAGAACAGAGACACGGUCUACGAGGAGCAGAUCAACAUCCUGAAGGCCAGCAAGUUCCAGCUGGUGGCAGACCUGUUCCAGGACGGGAAGGAGGCGCCCGCCCCCACCACGACUAGCAAGGGCACCCGCAUCAACGUGCGGCCCGCCAAACCGGGCCUCAAAGCCCCCAACCGGGAGCACCGGAAGACUGUGGGCCACCAGUUCCGGAGCUCUCUGCAGCUGCUGAUGGAGACGCUGAAUGCCACCACACCUCACUAUGUGCGCUGCAUCAAACCCAACGAUGAGAAGGAGCCCUUCUCGUUUGACUCCAGGCGAGCUGUGCAGCAGUUGCGUGCGUGUGGAGUGUUGGAGACUAUCCGCAUCAGUGCCGCUGGCUACCCAUCCAGGUGGACGUACUCGGACUUCUUCAGCAGGUACCGGGUUCUGAUGAAGAAGAAGGACAUCUCCAACGCGGAUAAGAAGGUGGUCUGCAAAACACUGCUGGAGACUCUGAUCAAGGAUCCAGACAAGUUCCAGUUUGGGAGGACCAAGAUCUUCUUCCGCGCGGGCCAGGUGGCGUACCUGGAGAAGCUUCGGGCCGAUAAGUUCCGCGCGGCCUGCAUAAAGAUCCAGAAGACGGUGCGAGGCUGGCUGCAGAGACUGCGCUACCGCAAGAUCCGCAAGAUGGCCCUGACCCUGCAGCGCUACGGGCGCGGCUACCUGGCCCGCAGGCACGCUGAGUUCUUGCGGCUCACUCGCGCCGCCCUGGUGUGUCAGAAGCAGUACCGCAUGGUGCGGGACCGUCGGGCGUUCCUGCACACCAGGCAGGCGGUGGUCACCAUCCAGGCCUUCGCCAGAGGCAUGUUCACACGCAGGAUCUACCAGGAGUUCCUGCUCCACCACAAGGCCACCAUCAUCCAGAAGUCGGUGCGCGGCUGGAUGCAGCGUAAGAAGUUCCGGCAGGCGCGGAACGCGGCGGUGGUGAUCCAGUGCGCGUACCGCCGCCUGCAGGCCCGCCGCCGGCUGCAGCAGCUGAAGAUCGAGGCGCGCUCCGCCCAGCACCUGAAGAAGCUCAACGUCGGCAUGGAGAACAAGAUCGUCCAGCUGCAGAGGAAGGUGGACGACCAGAAUAAGGAGUACAAGACCCAGAACGAGCAGCUGUCCCUGGCUAACACAGCCCUGAACACUGAGGUCACCAAGCUACAGAGGGAGCUGGAGAGCAUGCGCAGUCGCCAGGGAGACGGCAAUCAGCUGACCUCCCUGCAGGAGGAGCUGGAGAGGCUGAGGGCGGAGCUAGAGGAAGCACACGCCCACAGGAAGCAGCUGGAAGAGGAGUACAGCAGCGAGAAGAAGGGCCUAGAACAGAGAGUCGAGGAGCUGGAGCGAGAGAACUCGCUGCUGAAAAAGGAUAAGGAACAGAUGAACAAGAGAAUCCUCAUCCAGUCCAAAAGCACAGAAGACCAGGAGAGCAGCGUUUCUCAGAAAGAGGCCAGUUUUCGGACGGAGCUGGACGAGGAACGCCUACGAUACCAGAACCUGGUGAAGGAAUACUCCAGACUGGAGCAGCGAUAUGACAACCUACAGGAGGAGGUCGCUCUGGCUAAGUUCCAGCCGGGCCACAGGAGGAAUCCGUCCAAUCAGAGCAGCCUGGAGUCGGACUCUAAUUACACCUCCAUCUCCACCUCUGAAAUAGGAGACACAGAGGACUCCAUUCAGCUGGUGGAGGAGAUGGGUCUGGAGAAAGCGGCGAUGGACAUCAGCGUGUUCAUGAAGCUGCAGAAGAGAGUGAGAGAGCUGGAGCAGGAGAGGAAGAGGCUGCAGGCCAGCCUGGACAAGGCCGAGGAGCUGGCCAAACGCAAGGGAUCAAUCUCCCAGGGAUCAGAGCACAAAGGUUCCGUGUCGGACCAGGACUACAGCUCGGAGGUGGCGUACGACAGCCUUAAGAGACAGGAACUGGAGUCUGAGAACAAGAAGCUGAAGAAUGACCUCAAUGAACUACGGAAAACCAUGGUCAACAAAGCCUCCCAGGGCAGCUCGUCCAAUGAGCUGCAGGAUGGCUACAACCUCCUGCUUAACCAGCUCAAGGCAGCCAAUGAGGAGCUUGAAGUGCGGAAGGAGGAGGUCCUUAUUCUUAGAACCCAGAUCGUCAGCGCCUCUCAACAGAAGGAGGCAGAAGUUCUUGCACAGGAGGGCAGUGAUGUGUCUGGAUGGACCAACAGCAACAAGCAGGUGGAGAAGGACAAAGACGUGCAGGGGAACCACAGUCUGAGCGAAGCCAAGAAGGCUCAGGACUGGGGCUAUCUGAAUGAAGACGGUGAGCUGGGUCUGGCUUACCAGGGCUUAAAGCAAGUCGCCAGGCUCCUGGAGGCGCAGCUGCAGUCGCAGGCGCGGAAGCACGCGGACGAGCUGGAGGCCCUGCGCACGCAGAACGAGCUGCUGCGGCACGAGAUCGAGAAGCGGCAGGAGGAGCUCACCCAGAUGCAGGCGCUGCCUCCCGAGGCGCAGGUGGAGUUCAGCAUCCAGCAGGAGUUCACGCGCCUCACCAACGAGAACCUGGAUCUUAAGGAGCUGGUGGAGAAGAUGGACAAGAACGAGCGCAAGCUGAAGAAGCAGCUGAGGAUCUACAUGAAGAAGGUCCAGGAGCUGGAAGUGUCCCAGGCGGCCCUGCAGACGAGCCGGGCCCGGCCCGAGCUGACCCGCCAGGUGACGGUCCAGCGCAAGGAUAAGGACUUUGAGGGCAUGCUGGAGUACAGCAAGGAGGACGAGCAGCAGCUGGUCAAGAACCUGGUGACAGAUAUGAAGCCGGGAACGGUGUCGGCCACAGUGCCCUGUCUUCCCGCCUACAUCAUGUUCAUGUGCAUCCGCCAUGCGGACUACAUUAACGACGACCAGAAAGUGCACUCCCUGCUCACAUCCACAAUCAACGCCAUCAAGAAGGUUCUCAAGAAACACAACAAUGACUUUGAGAUGACCUCCUUCUGGCUGGCCAACACCAGCAGGCUCCUGCACUGUCUGAAGCAGUACAGCGGGGACGAGGCGUUUAUGACCCAGAACACGGCCAAGCAGAACGAGCACUGUCUGAAGAACUUCGACCUGGCCGAGUACCGGCAGGUGCUGAGCGACCUGUCCAUCCAGAUUUACCAGCAGCUGGUACGCGUGGCUGAGGCCAUCCUGCAGCCUAUGAUCGUGUCGGCCAUGUUGGAGAGCGAGAGCAUCCCCAGCCUGGCGGGGGUGAAGCCCAUGGGCUACCGGAACCGGUCCUCCAGCAUGGACUGCGAGUCGGGCGGGCCGGGCGGCUACACGCUGGAGGCGCUGAUCCGGCAGCUGGGCCAGUUCCACAGCACCAUGGGGGCCCACGGGCUCGACCCCGAGAUCAGCCAGCAGGUGGUGCGCCAGAUGUUCUACUGCAUCAACUCCGUCACCCUCAACAACCUGCUGCUGCGCAAGGACGUGUGCUCCUGGAGCACGGGCAUGCAGCUGAGGUACAACGUCAGUCAGAUGGAGGAGUGGCUUCGGGGGAAGAACCUGCAGCAGAGCGGGUCUGUGGCCACCAUGGAGCCCAUCAUUCAGGCCGCUCAGCUGCUGCAGGUCAAGAAGAAGACCUCCCAGGAUGCAGAGGCCAUCUGCUCCCUCUGCGCUUCUCUCACUACACCACAGAUCGUGAAAAUCCUCACCCUCUACACGCCGCUCAACGAGUUUGAGGAGAGAGUCACUGUGUCCUUCAUCAGGACUAUACAGGGUCAGUUGCAGGAUCGCAAUGACAGUGGUCAGCUGCUGGUGGACACUAAGCACACCUUCCCUGUGCUGUUCCCCUACACCCCCUCCGCCCUCAGUCUGGAGACCCUACACAUCCCCGCCUGCCUCAACCUCAACUUCCUCUCCCGAGUCUGAGGCAUUCUGUCCGUCUGUCUGCCUGAACCAGAGAGAGCCCAGCCCCACAGCUCUGUCUCUCCACCUCCACCAGACUGGGCCAAACUCCUGGGAUCUGUCUGUCUGUUCGUCUGUCCGUCUGAACCAGUGAGAGCCCAGCCCUACAGCUCUGUCUCUCCACCUCCACCAGACUGGGCCAAACCCCUGGGCUCUGUCCGUCUGUCCAUCUGUCUGCCUGAACCAGAGAGAGCCCAGCCCCACAGCUCUGUCUCUCCACCUCCACCAGAGUGGGCUGAACUCCUUGGAUCCGUCUGUCCGUCUGUCCGACUCAACCAGAGGGAGCUAAACCCACGGCCCUGUCUGCGUGUAUGUGUGUCUGUCUGUGUCUGCUUUCUGAGGGUGCAACAGCCCUUAAGAUGAUUGACAUAAAUCAGAGGGGUAACCCCGUCCCCAAUGGGGCGUGCUUCUCUGAACUGGGCAGAACUCUGCAGGACCCCAGUCUCCAAAGCUUCUGUCCCAUCCUUUCUGCUCGCCUAUAGCCUCUCAGCUGGGCCAUGUCAUAAAGACCUAGCACCAGGGUCCACGACCAGAACCAGGACCAGGGCCAGAACCAGAAUCACAACGAGGAGUCCACAACCUUUCAGCCAUCUGCAUAUCCCAGAUAGCACAGCUCCAUCGCCAUGACAGCAACACUAAAUGUCUAACUGCCCCUCCUGAGGAGCGACCCUUCGGAUCUCCCGCCUGUCCUGCCCAAAUCUCUGGAAUGCUUUUGGGAGGAGGGUGCCGGUUACUCUUCUCUGGGGGCCCGUGUCCUGCCAGACAGUGGACUGAGGACUCACUUAUUCGCCUCAGUGCUGCUGGGUUCAGGUUCUGAAGAUUGAUUAUUCAUGCCUGAUGUGCUCUUUGGGAAGAGUGAGUCAAUCGUGAUGGAGAUUCUGGUGAUUCUUGGUACUGGACAACUUUUUUCUCUAACAACAAGCACUCUUUUGCGACAGAGAUUUUCCUCCUGCCUUUAUUAUGGUGAAGCUCUUUACUUUCAGGGUGUCUGUACAUAUCUGAGUCUUUUCCUGAUGGAGAUGAGAGCUGUCACUGGUGUGACCUGAGAACAGGACAGGCAGUUCCUGGGUGUGGCUUUGGCCUUGUAACAUCACUGCUGACAUCACAAUGUGUCUCAGCACAGCACACCUUAAAGCAGAGAAAGUGAGGACAGAAUGGAUAGAGGAGAAAGAGGAAGAGUGGAGAAGAGAGAGAGGAUGGGAGACAUCCAGUCAGAACGAGGGAGAAAGAGAAAGGAGAGAUGGAUUGAGAGAAAAAAGUGCAAAGAGGGAUGAAUGAAGAUGAAAAGGGAGAGUGAGGAAUAGAUGAAAGAGGGGAAGAGAAAGGGGAGGUGGAGAAGAGAAAGACAGACGGAGAGAGGAAGAGAAGACAGGGGGAUGAGGAGAGAACGGGAGGGGGAGAAGUGAGAGAGAGGGAUGGGGAGAGCCAGUGCGGAAUGGAGAAAGUGAAUAUCAGCAGGUGAGACUGGAAGGUUGCGUACGCAUUUCAGCACAGCAGUCUAAUACAGCACCAGCACUGCACCAGAGCCAGGUUAUCUGUGAGUCGAGACCAAUCACAACAGCCUUUGAUUUCAAAACGACUGAAGAUGCAGACUCAUUUUUCAGAUGCUGUACGAUCGCAAUCGGAAGCUGUUUUGUCAGAAAGUUGCUUCUGGCGUGUUCUGCGGUUCCUCCAGAUAAAGUGGUCAGGUGAGAGUGAACAGAGAACACAAGCUGUAUCCCAGCAGCUCAGAAUGGUAACCUGUCCUGAACCUGAAAGGUAUGUGAGAAGGGGUGUAGUUCUAGUGUAGGUGAGGACUGUACCGCUCCUUGGUCGGGCUAUAGAGACAGCAGAACCAUUGUUAUGUCUUUGUCUCCUGCUGUACAUAGUCCAUUCAGACCAUGUCGCUGUUUUAAAUCUCCACAACCCCAUAGGGUGAUGGGUGUUCAGACUCUUAGUGUGGGUGAACUGGUAUCAGUCUUUCAGAUUCUGAUCACAAACGGGAACCGGGGAAACCCUCUUCUUUCAUUGCUAAUGAAGUGCAGCAUCUACCUUUAAAAAAAAAAAAAAUUUACUUGAUUUUAUUUCACAUUAAAUUUAUUCAGACGUCGAAAUGUACGUUUGAUAUACAAUUUUUACUUUUUUUAUUGGGGAAAGGGACGGGGCUGUCUAUCGUUAAUGUUGUGAGUGUCAUCCUGUCUGAGCUCGUUUCGCCCUUUCCACCCAUCCAUGUUCAGGAGUGUAGUAACUCAGAAAUGAGACAGAUUGUGACAUUCAUUUUCUUGUUAUGUGCUGCCACCUGCAGUCAGAUGUGUGGUAAUGCGCAAAAGUGAGGAGCCAGAUUAAUUCAGAAUGCACUCCACUGUGUCUGAGGGAACAGACACCAUAGCAAUAUGAAACACUCGUGCACUCAUGUGCGCACACAAGCAUAUUUCAUAGACAGUAUGGAGUAGAAUAUUCCUGUCUUAGAGUGUCAGUGCACAACUUUUAUUUGCCAAAACGCGCGUCUUAGAAAAGGCCUUAAAGUUGAGGGUUACGUGUGCCAUAACUGCACCUGACACUGUUUCUCUUUACUUUGUCUUCAUAAUGCUGCACACUGUAAAGAUGUGUCUGUUGCUGUAGCUCUUUCGUGGAGCUGUGGCCCUGUAAUGGUGGCUUCACAUAAUUUGUCUGCUUCCUGGUCUCACCUGUCAGUUUUGCCACCACUGUCAUUUCUUUCAGUGGUACAGGGUGGUGUGUGUGUGUGUGCGCGUCCUUGCGUACGUGUAUAAAUAUUUAAAAUGAAAAAUGUUGUGAAUUUGAAAGGUGCAUAUGUGGUAGGGAGCCGUCAGUGAAGGCUGGGGUGAGAUUUAUAUGAUUUUAAGAACCUUAUUAUACCCGAUUUAUGCUAAUCAAAAUGGAAAUAAUUUUACUAUUUGAACAAAGGUAUAAACUGCACAUUGCUGUCUAUGAAAAAUCCAUUAUAUCAUAAAGUUGAAUACAACAAUGGAAAUAAAGGCUGAUUUUUUAAAAA